AUGGCGCCACAACCUUCAUCCACCCCCGACACCUCGAGCGCUGCGGCCACCCCAACCCCUUCACCUGCGCCCUCCCCCAUACCUCCCCCGGUACCUGUCGAGACUCAUCCCAACCGAGGCAAACCACAGGCUAAUCGAAUCGCCCCUGAUCCCAAUCGUCUUGCCCCCGAAGAUGCCUACAAGACUUUCUCCCCGCCGCGACUACGACCGGUUCCAGAGAUCAGUGGUUCUGCGGCCGCAAAUGCUGCCGCUGCCGCUCUCCGACCAGCAGUUGCGUCUCUGCGGGCGCCGCCUGCAAUCCCGCCAGUCGCUGCGCGGCUAGCCGAAGAAAGACGACGGGCAGCCAGCAAGAGACGGAAGCAACCCCAUGUGUGGAAGAAAUUACUAUGGAUUAAACAGCAUGGAUUCCCAGACAACUAUACGGAUACCGAGACCUUUCUGGACCAUCUACAGAGGAACCCUCGUCUGAGACCAUAUGAUUUCUGGCCGUUGGUGGCAAACUCGGCCGUUAUUGUGCAACACGUAUGCUCUGUGGCCAUCUUCAUUUGCGCAUAUGCCGGAAUCUACCAGGGCCGUCUGUCCCCAGUCUCGGUGGUGACGUGUGGCACGGUUUUGACGGUGGGUGGGUGGAUUGUGUGGGACCAUUGGAUGGGUCAGCAGGAAGCAGAAGAGUUGGCGGCUCUGCACAAGGCAAACCGGCUUUCAGUCGACGUCGAUGACGGUUCAAGUACCAGCUCUGGAGGCUCUUCCAAGAUCCAGAUGAAUGGGAAUGGGCAUGUUGGCAAUGGACAUGUGAACGGCACCCUGGGCGGAAGAGGCGUUGGUCUGAAACUGUCGACCACGAACCUCGGAGUCAAGGAUCACGAAUCGAAGUUCCCUGGGAAACAUGCUCAAUCCCUGUCCAAGUCAUCCUUCCAGUCGAUUUCUCCCAUCGAUCCAUUAGGCGAUGGCUCAGUGGAACCAUUUCCCGACCUGCGACCGACGACGUCUCGACCACAAGUGCCUCAAUCGCCCAGCAUAGUGUACAGUCCAACGACGCUUCCGGCGACGAUAUCCCCCCGAAACCAAGCGCGACUCAAAACGCUCAAAUCUGCUUCCUUGAUCUACUUUGCACUGUUGGGCCUUUCGCCGAUUCUCAAGUCGCUCACGAGAUCGACAUCAUCCGACUCCAUCUGGGCGCUGGCGACAUGGCUUCUGAUCAUCAACAUAUUCUUUUUCGACUAUGGAAGUCUCUACCUACCCAAAAAGCCCGAAAAUGCGGGGCGUGGUCCUGGAAUAUCCAACGCCACACCCACGGAUCCGUCACCACCUCAAUUGAGCAAUACUUUCCGGCCGCCUCCAUUUCCCUCGUCUCUGUCAACCAAUGCAGCCUUGAUGGCCAGUACGGUACUUGCUUCGCGGCUGAUGACAACCACGGCGGUGUUCAGCCUGACUCUGUUUUCGAUUCAAGUGUUUGGACUAUUUCCGGUGUUCCGGCGGCAUCUCCAUUACAAAUCAUUUAAGCUGCACUUGCUUCUCACGUUCGGGCUAGUCGCAAUGUCCACCUGCGGCCUGGGACUGAUCCUGUCUAAAUCCUACACACAUACAUAUGGCAACUGCGGGCUCUGCUGGGGCUGGAUCUGGCAUGUGAUUCUGCGGAGCACGAUCGGGUUUGUGGUCGGAGGGUGCAGCACAGCAUUUGUCAUGGGCGGAUGUUCGUGGUGGUUGAUUGGAUUGCAGCGGUACAAGAACGUGGUGAUUGGGCCCUGGGAUCCAGCCAAACCCGUCCUUGCGGGCGGUGUUUAUGGAAGAAGUAGGACUGGGACGGACUGA